GAGAGACAGAAAGAGAGAGAGAGACACAGAAAGAGACAGAGAGUGAGAGAGAGACACACAGAAAGAGAGAGAGAGACACACAGAAAGACAGAGAGAGAGAUAUAUAUAUCUCCCUCUCUCAUUGCUCUUACAACCUCAUGGAAACAUACACCAUGGUCUAAUCUCCAUUAUUAACAGCUGUAGAGGACUUUUAGGCUUUGUCCCAAAUCGCACCAAAUUUCCUACAUGGUGCACUACUUUUGACCAGAGCCCCAUGGGCCCUAAUGCACUCUAUAGGGAAUAAUGUGCCAUUUGGUAAACAUCCUUAGUGAAAUAAACAGAACUAAGUGAGGAAGGAACUGCUGAGACAGGAGAUGAGACAGUAAGAAGAUUUGCCCACUGACAUGAACCAUGAGCCAUCUGUCUUUAACUUAAUAGGAAUUAUAUUCCAUUCCUGAGUACAUUAAAUAUUGAGCACUGGGCUCUGUGGGCCUGAUAAGAACAAGGUUGCCUCCUAAACUGAACUCUAUUUCCUAAAUAGUGCACUACUUUUGACCAGAGCCUAUGGGGUCCUCUUCAAAAGUAGUGCACUAUGUAGGGAAUAGGGUGCUAUUUUGGACGUAGGACCAAGUUCAAGUAUUUAUAGAGUCGUCGGAGCAGGCAGCUCUUUUCCUGCACUCUGAUGAAUCAGUUUGAAGUUAGCUCCACUAAUGAGUUAGGACUUCUGACUCCUUCUGUGGUUCAGAGCAGGACUACCUCAUUAAGACCCCGGAUCUUCCUCCUCUUCUUGUAAUCCAUGUAAUCCCUCUCAGUGUAGUAUUUGGAUAGUUAAUGACGGGCUUCGUCCCAAAUGGCAUCCUGUUACCUUCAUAGGAAUCAGGGUUCCGUUCGGAGAUACCAUUCAGUCUAAUCUGAAGACACCAUUCUGGUUAGAUUACAACAACGAUGAUGAAGGGGAAAAUACAUUCAGAAGAGAAAAUAAAUUCUGCAGUUUAAGAUCUUUGUAUCGUCUCCCUCGUGGUAUUCCCGUAAGCUACAUAAAUUAUUUAUAGGGGAAGUAUGCUUGGCUAGCUUCAGCACGCUUUUAUAUAGAUGGAUACACUGCACUCCUCUAAGGAGGAUUCUUUAGGUCAGUAUAGAUGGACACACUGCACUCGAUCAUAGACACACUGCACUCCUCUAAGGAGGAUUUUUUAGGUCACUGCACUCCUCUAAGGAGGAUUCUUUAGGUCACUGCACUCCUCUAAGGAGGAUUCUUUAGGUCACUGCACUCCUCUAAGGAGGAUUUUUUAGGUCACUGCACUCCUCUAAGGAGGAUUAUUUAGGUCACUGCACUCCUCUAAGGAGGAUUGUUUAGGUCACUGCACUCCUCUAAGGAGGAUUCUUUAGGUCACUGCACUCCUCUAAGGAUGAUUCUUUAGGUCACUGCACUCCUCUAAGGAGGAUUCUUUAGGUCACUGCACUCCUCUAAGGAGGAUUCUUUAGGUCACUGCACUCCUCUAAGGAGGAUUCUUUAGGUCACUGCACUCCUCUAAGGAGGAUUAUUUAGGUCACUGCACUCCUCUAAGGAGGAUUGUUUAGGUCACUGCACUCCUCUAAGGAGGAUUCUUUAGGUCACUGCACUCCUCUAAGGAGGAUUCUUUAGGUCACUGCACUCCUCUAAGGAGGAUUUUUUAGGUCACUGCACUCCUCUAAGGAGGAUUCUUUAGGUCACUGCACUCCUCUAAGGAGGAUUCUUUAGGUCACUGCACUCCUCUCAGGAGGAUUGUUUAGGUCAGUAUAGACACUGCACUCCUCUAAGGAGGAUACUUUAGGUCAGUAUAGAUGGACACACUGCACUCAAUCAUAGACACACUGCACUCCUCUAAGGAGGAUUCUUUAGGUCACUGCACUCCUCUAAGGAGGAUUCUUUAGGUCACUGCACUCCUCUAAGGAGGAUUGUUUAGGUCAGUAUAGACACUGCACUCCUCUAAGGAGGAUUGUUUAGGUCAGUAUAGACACUGCACUCCUCUAAGGAGGAUUCUUUAGGUCAGUAUAGACACUGCACUCCUCUAAGGAGGAUUGUUUAGGUCAGUAUAGACACUGCACUCCUCUAAGGAGGAUUGUUUAGGUCAGUAUAGACACUGCACUCCUCUAAGGAGGAUUGUUUAGGUCAGUAUAUACACUGCACUCCUCUAAGGAGGAUUGUUUAGGUCAGUAUAUACACUGCACUCCUCUAAGGAGGAUACCCAGGAUAACACCAUUGUAUUGGAAGUGGAAUAUCCAAAUAUCUAGGCUACAGUGUAUGAGUUAGAAUUGUCUGACCAUGUCUUUUUUCUCUCACACACCCUGGACCCCUGGACCCAUGUAUCCCUGGACCCUGGACCCAUGUAUCCCUGGAUCCCUGGACCCAUGUAUCCCUGGACCCCUGGACCCAUGUAUCCCUGGACCCUGGACCCAUGUAUCCCUGGACCCUGGACCCAUGUAUCCCUGGAUCCCUGGACCCAUGUAUCCCUGGACCCUGGACCCAUGUAUCCCUGGACCCUGGACCCAUGUAUCCCUGGACCCUGGACCCAUGUAUCCCUGGAUCCCUGGACCCAUGUAUCCCUGGACCCUGGACCCCUGGCUGUCCACCUCCUCGGAAACUGUAUCUCUGAUAUGUGCUGUUGCCAUGACGACAGACGAGGCGACAGAGCGACAGCAGCAAAAGAAUCCCAGCCAGCAGGAGGCAGAGCAGCAUCAGGCCACGCCCCCUGACCACGGGCCCUCUGACUCCCAGGCUUCCAGCACUCCCGUCACCUCGCCCCUAAGCACCGGCUCGCCCUUUCCUCCCAAGAAGGGGUUGCAGCUGAGACCCCGCCAGCGCACCUCGGCCGACCGUGGCCUCUCGCGACUCUUCUCCUCUUUCCUGAAGAGGAGGUCUCAGUGCGAGGGGGACGGGGGAGAGAAGGGGGAGAAAGGAGGGGACGGGGAAGAGCCCAAGGCGCCCAUCGCUGACUGUGAGCCGGAGCUCAGGAUCGAGGGGGAUCAGAACCUCGACCUGCACUCACUCAGCAGCAACGAGGCUCAGCCUGUCCAGGUAGACCAGAAGGAAGACCCCGAGAAAGAAUCGGAGGACGAGGGGGGAGAGAAAGACAAGGAGAAAAGAGAAGAGGACAGUGCCCAGGAGAAGGAGAAAAAGGAGGAGGACCCUGAGGGAGAGGGAGAAGGAAGAGAGGGCGAGGAGGGGGAGGGAGAGAAAGGGUUAAAGGAGAAGAUAGCAGAAGAAGACGCUCAACCUCCUAAGCCUCCCCGUCGACCCAGGAUCAUGCAAAUUAAAGUUACACUGCUGGACGACACUCUGUAUGAGUGUGAGCUGGAUAAACAUGCCAAAGGUGUGGAGCUGUUCACCAAGGUGUGUGACCACCUCAACCUGCUGGAGAGAGACUACUACGGUCUGGCCAUCUGGGAGUCGCCCUCCAUGAAGACCUGGAUGGAUUUCACCAAGGAGAUCCGUAGGCAGGUUCAAGGUGCAAAGUUAGACAAGAUCUGUGCAGACGCACAAUCAUGUACAGGCACCAAUUAUGACUUUACCUUCAAUGUGAAGUUCUAUCCACCUGACCCAGCCCAGCUUUCUGAAGACAUCACCAGGUACUACCUGUGUCUCCAGCUACGUAAGGACAUCCUGGGGGGCCGUCUACCCUGCUCCUUUGUCACGCUGGCCCUUCUGGGUUCCUACGCACUGCAGUCCGAGCUGGGGGAGUACGACCCAGAGACACACGCACCAGACUACGCCAAGGACCUGAGGCUGGCCCCAGGACAAACCAAGGGGCUGGAGGAGAAAGUCAUGGAGUUGCAUAAGACAUACAGGUCGAUGAGUCCAGCACAGGCAGACAUGGCCUUUCUGGAGAACGCCAAGAAACUAGCCAUGUACGGAGUGGACCUGCACCAGGCCAAGGAUCUAGAUGGAGUGGACAUCAUGCUGGGUGUUUGUUCUGGGGGUUUGAUGGUCUACAAGGACAAGUUGAGGAUCAACCGGUUCCCCUGGCCUAAAGUCCUCAAGGUCUCCUACAAACGCAGCAGCUUCUUCAUCAAGAUACGCCCCUCAGAGCAGCUGGAGCAUUACGAAAGCGCCAUUGGUUUCAAACUGCCAAACUACAAGGCCUCCAAGAAGCUGUGGAAGGUUUGUGUGGAGCAUCACACCUUCUUCAGGUUGACCUCUACUGAGGUGGCUACCACUCCCAGGAAGUUCCUAGUGCUGGGUUCUAAGUUCCGCUAUAGUGGGCGGACCCAGGCCCAGACCCGCCAGGCCAGCUCUAUGAUUGACAGGCCAGCCCCCCUAUUCCAACGCUCGGCCAGCAAGAGGAACUCACGCAGCAUGGACGAAGCCAUGGUGUCCACUCCAGACAAGAGCACUCGUCCUGUCAGUGCUCCCAUCAUGUCCCCUAUCUCUCCCGGGGAUGUCGCACCGUCCCCUGUGACCUCGGGCCUGCCCCGCGGUGAGCGGCGAGAAGCCUCCACCCCCACGGUUCGCAAGUCCCGCUCAGCAGAGAGGAAAACCAAAGAAGAGGUGGAGAGCAAGGUGACAGAGGUCUCCAAGACGCAGAGCUCCAGACCACAGUCCACCCCAGAGUUCAAGAGGGAGGGAGCCAGGAGGAGUAGGCAUCAUGCCCCUGCAGUCACCACCACCACCAACGGGACAGAGAGAGAGAGAAAGAGCCAGCAGCAUUCGUCCCGAGAGAGAACCGACAUGGAGACGGUGCGAGUGAGGAAGAAAAGAGCUAAGAAACUUGAGGGUGAAACUAUUUAUAUCAGGCAUAGCAAUUUAAUGUUGGAGGACCUGGAUAAGACCCAGGCAGAGAUUAUGCGUCACCACACCAGUAUCAGUGAGCUGAAGAGAAGCUUCAUGGAGUCUGUUCCGGAGCCGCGGCAGAGCGAGUGGGACAAACGCCUGUCCACCCACUCACCCUUCCGCACGGCCAGCAUCAACGGACAGCUGCAGCCCGGCACUGACGGGCCUAACGUGGUGAAAACACAGACAAUCACCAUCUCAGACGUGUCUAACUCCCUGCGAGGAGACGUCUCUAACAAGGAGGUCCCCAUCGUGCACACUGAGACCAAGACCAUUACCUACGAGUCAGCGCAGUGUCUCCUUCAGCCCGUAGACAACACGGCAGAAAGGGACUCUGGAGUGCUGCUGAGUGCCCAGACCAUCACCUCAGAGACAGUCAGUACAACCACCACCACUCAGAUCACCAAGACGGUGAAAGGAGGCAUCUCAGAGACUCGCAUUGAGAAGAGGAUUGUGAUAACUGGAGACACAGAGAUUGAUCACGACAAGGCUCUGGCCCAGGCCAUCAAGGAGGCGAAGGAGCAGCACCCGGACAUGUCCGUGACCAAAGUGGUGGUGCACCAGGAAACAGAGAUCACCCCCGAUUAACCCCAGGCUCACCUUUCCUAUGACCAGCUUUGGGCCAAAACUACCACGGCGCCUGAGGAAGGUGAACUCACACACAUCCCCCACUCGUCCUGACCUUCUCUGCUUGUUUCACCGCCAUUCCUGCUUGUUUACCUCAGAGACCCCCCCACCCCCACCUUGGGAACAGACACCAGACACACACACCACACCAGACUGGACCGGUCCAACCUGCCAGAGAGAACAAGCUUCACUUUUCAACUAUGAACUUUGAACCUCCCAACCAAUGGAGUUCAACUGAAGGAAAAGGGGACAAACAGAACUCCAAAAAAACUCCCAGAAUUCCCUAGGACUACACACAAUCCCUCUCUCUCUCUCUCUCUCACUCUUCCACUCCACUGCCAAAUCCCAAACAACCAAACUGGAUUUUUGUAAACAAUAAAAAUGUUUAAAUAAAGUAUUAGAAUUUUUUUCCUCUUUCUCCAAUUUGUCUGGAGAUUUUAACAAGAAUUUUCAAAGGACAUUUGGUCUUUAAAUUGUGUAGAGAUUGCAGGGACUUUGUUCAUAUUUUUCUAAGACUUUUCUUAUUGCCGUAAUUGGAAAAUCGGUAUCUUCAAAGUCAACUUUGAAGGGACUUUUAUUCUGAAGUGGGAUUACAGCAAGGGAUUUUGGGUGAUUUUUCUGCGACUCUUCAACCAUCGUGAUACGAGGAUCCCUCUUCAAAUCCAACUUUACAACCAAGUUUGGUUUAAUCUCUUGUACAGUUCAAAAAGUUAUAUUUUCCCUCUCAAUGUGAAAAGUAUUUUUUAAAUUUAAGUGUUGAAAAUAUUUUAUUUCAUCCAAACUUUUUGGGGGCCCUAUUUAAGUCUUUGUUGUCUGUUGAAGAUAUGACUUCAUUAUCUAUUCGUCUGGAGGAUUUUCACAUCUUUUUUGACUGUUUUAGGUUGUCUUUGUUGUUGUAGUUACACUGGGGGAGGGGGGAAAGGGGGCUUCAUCAGGACUGAAGGGAGAGAAGCAGUGUAUUGACAUUACAUUUAUUAUAUUAUUGACAUUCUCUUUUAUUUCUGUGUAUUCAUCCAUCAUUUUAGAUCACCCUGACUUUACAGGUUUGUAGUUAGAUGUUCUCACACAGCAUUCCAAUCACCAGCUACAUAACAGUCAUUCAUUUAUACUGGGCAUGGCAGAGCAGUAGAGGCAACUUUACAAUGUCCUGCAUUAAUUUACCUGUAUUUCUACUUUUCUACCAAAGGGGGCAGUGUUUACUCAUUUAGAGAGAUGGACCACUACACAGAAGAAGUCAGUUGGAGAACACUUCACGCUAAAGGCCAAAAAUGUUUAAUUGGGGUUGAUUCGAGAGUCAAUUUUAAAGGCCCAAUGCUGUCAAAAAAUGUGAUUUUUAUGUGUUUUAUAUUUCCACUCUAUGAGGUUGGAAUACUACUGUGAAAUUGUGAAAAUGAUGAUAAUGCCCUUUUUGUGUUUGAGCUGUUUGAGCAGCCCAACUGAAAGAGUUUUGGCUUCAUCAGUCAGUUAAUUAGAGUUCCAAACCUCUCAGCCAAUAACAACUCGUUUCCAUUUUCCUCCUCCCAACUCAGGCCACUCCCAGACAGCCCUAGCAAAAAUUCUUGUUUGAGAAUUUGCUCUUUGCUAUUUUAAUUAAAAAACAAUCACAGUAUGGUAUUGCUACCCAGAAAGUAUGUGAUAUUGAGAUAAACAUAUAUAUUUUUUUAAAGAGCUUAAAAAAGUAAACAGAAAGUCUCAAUUGGGGAUUUUGGGAACAAAUUCCCUCUGGUAGCCUCUUUGGUGUUCUCCUUUUAGAAGACUACUGGUUACGUCAGCACAGUUAUUGUUAUCCUUAUCUGUUUACUCCCAUGCCUUUUAUCUGUGAAGAAUACACAUUUAAUUGAUCCUCCUGUGACGUACACACUGUCCCUUUAAGUAACAACCCAAUAUGUAAGCAAAGAGUACAGUACACAUAGUUUUUAAAUGUUUUGGUCUAGUUUAAAAACAUGAUGUUGUUUUAGGACACAUAAUAUUACAAUGUUCAAUAUUCAA